AUGAAUAAUUUAAAUAUUGAGAAAAAGGGAUUGUUGAACAUUUCAUUAUCUGCGUUGUCGCUCAUCAACUUUGUUAUAACCCCUUCAACGCACAUAUUACAAUAUAAUGGCGACAAAAAUCUAUCGCAAGUUCCUGAAACGGAUGAGCAGAUAUUAGAAAUUGAACCGGUAAAGAUACUACGGGGAAUAAUACAACUUGAAGGGGACGCUGAAAACCUUUACGAAGAACCUAUUACCAUGCCAGAUGCUACAAAAAGCAACUACUAUGGCACGGGUGUUGAAGAUGCAUGGGCAAUGGGUUGCACCGGCAAAGAUGUCGUCUUAGGUCUUGUAGGAGUAGGAAUAGAUACACAAUUACUCGAUUUGAAAGAAAACAUUAAAAAAGACUGGAGCUUUAAUUUUGUUCAAAAUAAUACCAAUGUGGCUCCUGAACACUUUCAAGACCAUCCAGAAACUUUGCGUGAUACAAAUCAUGGAAAUAAUGUCGCAAGUAUAAUUGCUGCUGUAAAAGACAACAAUUUUUGUAGCGCAGGAAUAGCUUAUCAUUCACAAAUAGUUGUUUUGAAAGUAUUUGAGUUUAAUUAUACUGAUAAUUCAAAACUUAGUCGAAACCACUGGACAGCUUCUGAUGCUUCGUCAAGAGCACUGUCUAUAAACUACAUGAUAUUGAAAUACUAGUAAUGGCAUGGACAUUACAGAGAACAUUUCAUAAAUUAGACUUACCAACAAGGGAAGCAAUAAUUGAAGGAGUUAAAGAAGGUAGAAAUGGCAGAGGUAAAAUAUAUGUUGUGGCGGCGGGUCCGAUUGGCAAUGAGUUAACAAACAAUAUCAAUACAAUUACGGUAAAUGGCAUGAGUACAAAUGGCUCCAUUUCGACAAAGACGUAUCGUGAUACUAGCGUCCUUACGUCUGGACUUGCCGACGGUAACAGUCUUGUCUCGCCGUACAUGGUAAAUAU